AUGUCAUGUCAUUAAAAAGAAAAAUUAAAAUAUUAGUAUAAAUAGUAUAGGAAUAUUUUACAUUUAGACAUAAAGCCUGAUAAUGUUUUGAUAAGUAAAAAAGGUAAUGUUAAAAUUUGUGAUUUUGGAGAAGCUCAUCACCCUUUAUAUCCAUUUUAAAGAGAGGGUAUUAAAUACUCGGUGCCCUUUACUGCACCAGAAAUUUUAAGAAAUAAUGAAGUAACAAAUAAAGCAGAUGUAUUUUCAUUUGGUGUGCUGGCUUACGAAUUAUUAUUUGGAAAAUUGCCAAUAGCUUAUAUGUCUAAGAAGGAUUACAUAGCUUAAUUUAAGGUUUCUAACUUUAAUGUCGAAUCAGAUUACAGAAUUUUUUCAGGCCCUAGAAAAAUAGAAUAGGAUAUGCUAUAUAUAAUUUUGCAUUGUAAGAUUACUUAUAUUCUAGGCCUUUGUCCAAAUAAAGAUGAUAGAUUUGAUAUCAAUACAAUUUAUGAAAAUUUAAAAAAUCAAAAUCUUAAAAUUAAGAAUUAUUAGAUUUGA